GUUUGUAGACACAAAUGUAUCAGCUAAAUAAUCACAAAAAUGGAAGAAUCCACGUAACCAGGUCGUGAAACUUUAACCUUAGCCCUUUUUAGAUGUCAGUCAAUAAUGCAAACUCAGUACCGAACGCCCCGUUCAAACCCCAACAUUGCAUGCUGGCAAGCGGUUAUAUGCAGGCUCAAUAGCGAGGCAGAAUCCUACAGUUCAUCGUCAUGGUGAAAUACGUUCUUCACUACUUCAAGGCACGGGGCCGCGCCGAGAGCAUUCGUCUUGCUUUCAAGCUAGCUGAGAUCGACUUUGAAGAAGUGAACUUUGAUUUUUCGGAAUGGCCGAAGUACAAAGCAAAUUAUCCAACUCAGCAAGUCCCGGUACUGGAGGUGGAUGGAAGAAUGUUUGGUCAGAGUAAGGCAAUCCUGCGAUAUCUGGCUAAAGAAUUCGGGCUUUACGGUAAGACGAACAUAGAGACUGCAUUCAUAGAUCAGGCCAUCGAUAUGGUGGAAGACAUUUGGGCACCAUUUAACGCCAUUUUCACUGCACCUUUGGGAAGCAAGGCAGAAAAGGUGGAAAAGUUCUUGGCAGAAACAGUGCCCAAAGUCUACCAAGCCUUGGAGCGAUUGCUCGGUCUUGAGGUUGCAGGGGAUUUCUUCGUCGGCAAGACGAUCACGGCUGCUGAUCUCUUUUUCUUCACCGCUGUUGAUCUCGUCGAUCAUAUGUCAAAGGGCGCCAAUUCCUUGGAGAACCAUCCCAAGCUGGACGCCCUCAAGGGCCGUAUUGCAGCCAACCCCAAGAUUGCAGCAUGGUUGGCAGUGCGACCCCCCGAGAUUCCACUUUAAGAGGAAACAUGAAUAGGAUCUGUUCUUUUGACGUCAUAUUCAUGUUUUCCUUCCAGUGGCUACUUAAACUAUUUACAAAGUGUUAAAAAUCCCAUGCAGCUGUCAGAACCCCUAAAUACUAAAUCAAAAUACAACUCUAUUUAGAUCUAAUGAGAUAGGCCCUACUUGUCCGUUUUGAACGAAUUUGGGGUAAAAUUGACAACCAACCGAAAGGUGAUAUAUGUAUUUCUGUAAACUUUGGUCGCCCAUACAAGUUGUGGCAAAAUGAGAGUGUUCUAUACAUAAUCUGUUGGCUGCAGAUAGGAUUCGUCAUGAAUCAAGUUCGUUUCUGUGUUUCUCUAUUUUGAUAUAACCAAUCAGGCCUUAGGUUAAUGUGAUAUGAAGACAUAAAAAUUUGCCAACUGUUUGUUAAAAACACAAAAUAACUAUAGGCCUACCUCGCGUUUGAGAUGGCUUAAUUCAAGUACAUUUUUUCUCAUUUUAACCAUUCUUAAUUUACAUAUAUAUCAGUUGAGUGCACCGUCUGUAGGCAUCGCUUGUUUGUGUAGUGGUUCGAAUUUGGGGUCAUAAAUUUCAACGUAUGUAUUUUGUAGCUGUAACACACACUUCUGUUUCUGCUUAUUUUUUUAACAUUUAUUAUUAUUUUAAUUAUUUUCGUAUUAUUUCGUAUUUCUAUUAGUCACUUUCAGUGUAUUUUAUAAUUUUUAACUAUUGUACUUGCUGGGAUCCAUUGAGGGUCAGUUUUUGUACUGAAUGGGUAUCAGGGUAAAUAAGAUAAUAACAAUAAUAAUAAUAACACUUUAUUAUAGAGUCUAUUAAGUAAUUCAAAAAGAUGAAAUCAUUACAGGUUUAUUGUGUAAAAGUUAGCUUAGCUGAUCCGGGAUCAGCCUUAUCAUCAAAUGAAAGUUUAUAUGGGACGAUAAAGUUACUUGAUUGAUUGAAAUAUUUUCUUUGUGUAUUUAGGUGGUGAAGUUUCAUUGUUUAACGAUGAAAUGCUCUCAAGACAGUGACAUAUAAACUCCAAGGUAAAUGUGUUUCUCAAUGUUGACAUUGUCAAAGGACACCAGAAAAAAUCACAAGCCCCCUUAUGUUGAAUUCUAACCUACAACCUCGGACUGCUUGCGAUUUUUUUUUUAAAUAAAGUUCCCAAAUGAAACGUCUUCACUGAUGUCGUAGGUUCAAGGCCCAUCAUAGUUCCCUCGUGAAUUUCACUCACGGGCUCUCGGACAGACGCUAGUGAUCAGUGCUAGUGAAACCACGACAAAGGUAAAAACUCUAUGAAAAAGCAGCAUUCCGCAUUACGACAGAUACUUGUAAUGAUCAGACAAGAACCACCUGCUCAAAAAAGGAGAAAUAAAAGGCAGGCUAAUCCAAUCAAA